CAAAACAAAAGAUCCCCCAUUUCUUUCCCCUUUCUAUCUCCCUCUACGAGCAGCCUAGACCCAGAGAUCGGCCAUGGAGCAGCUAAAAAACCAGAGUAUGGCUCAUCAAGCGCCCGAUGAAAUCGAGGAGAUUCAGCACCAUGGCCCUUUCCCUAUUGAACAGCUUCAGGCAUCUGGGAUUGCUGCUGCGGACGUCAAGAAGCUAAAAGACGCUGGUUGCUGCACCGUUGAAUCUGUUGCAUACUCUCCAAGGAAAGAUCUUCUGCAAAUCAAAGGAAUCAGCGAAGCUAAAGUUGAUAAAAUCAUUGAGGCAGCAUCCAAAUUGGUCCCUCUGGGUUUCACUAGUGCUAGCCAACUCCACGCACAAAGGCUUGAAAUCAUUCAGAUAACUUCUGGAUCAAGGGAACUUGACAAAAUUUUAGAGGGAGGCAUUGAAACUGGAGCUAUUACUGAAAUAUAUGGAGAGUUUCGAUCUGGAAAGACUCAGCUUUGUCACACUUUAUGUGUAACUUGCCAACUUCCAUUAGACCAGGGAGGUGGUGAGGGCAAAGCAAUGUAUAUUGAUGCUGAGGGCACAUUCAGACCACAAAGACUCCUGCAGAUAGCAGACAGGUAUGGAUUGAUUGGUGCUGAUGUCUUGGAGAAUGUAGCCUAUGCUAGAGCAUACAAUACUGAUCACCAAUCAAGGCUUUUGCUUGAAGCAGCUUCGAUGAUGGUGGAAACCAGGUUUGCUCUGAUGAUAGUGGACAGUGCUACUGCUCUCUAUAGAACAGAUUUUUCUGGAAGAGGAGAGCUGUCAGCCAGGCAAAUGCAUCUUGCAAAGUUCUUGAGAAGUCUUCAGAAAUUAGCUGAUGAGUUUGGUGUAGCUGUUGUCAUCACAAACCAAGUUGUUGCACAAGUGGACGGUUCUGCCAUUUUUGCCGGACCACAAAUCAAACCGAUUGGCGGUAAUAUUAUGGCCCAUGCCUCUACAACGAGGCUUGCUCUCAGAAAGGGAAGAGGGGAGGAGCGGAUUUGUAAAGUAAUAAGUUCUCCAUGCCUGGCUGAAGCUGAGGCGCGCUUUCAGAUUUCUCCAGAAGGUGUUACUGAUGUCAAGGACUAAUUUUCACCAUCUCUAGCUGAAGCAGGCUUACGGAUUUCUGCUGAUGCUGUUACCGAUACCAAGGAUUAAUUUGCCAAGGCUUUUUUCCUUUUUUUUGGUUUACCGGGAUCCCAUCUGAUCUUUGUGUAAAUCAUGGAUAUAGGAGCCUUUCUUUACUUGCACAUAAAUGCUGUGUUCUUUUUCUGGUUGUGCCUUGCGAUGACAGAUUUCUCUUUUUGACCCCUAAUAUUAGUAAGAAACAUUCAGUGCUUUCUGCCCAUGUCAUGUUGGUUGAUAAUCUGAUUUGUGAGAGAUCCAAUUAUAUCGAUCUCUGGUUUGCUACCCUUUAUCUCUUAAUCAUAUGACACUGGCAAAACUUUAUACAUCUUCGUAUAU